AUGACUAAAGCGAACGCAUUGAUUUUUUUGAGCCAACGAUAUGCGAUUCCAAUUAUAAGUAUAACAAUUGCCGCAACUGUGCUGUACUCUACAUGCCAAUUCGUCUCUUCAAUCAACAAGAGCAAGCCCAAAAGCGACAAAUUCCAAAAUGCAACCGAAAUCCCUACUCCAGGCUCACGUUAUCCGUAUAUUGGCCACAUGCUCGCUUUAGGAGAUGCACCGAGUAAGAAGCUCAUUCAAUGGCACAAGGAAUUGGGCCCCAUCAUCAAGGUUCACCUAGGGCAGCAAAUUUGGGUGUUAUGUGAUAGCCCAGAGCUAGCACACAAGAUAUUUGUAACGCAUGGCAGCGAGACAUCAUUCCGGCCUUAUUCAACUUACGCAUCAGAGCACUACAGUUUCAGGGGAAAGGUUUGCGCAACCAGGGCCAUCUUACAACAAAAGUCGAUCUGCAGGUACAUAGAGCACCGAUAUCUUCUUGUCCAAAAUGUAAGCAUUCAGCAAAGUCUGUAUAUAGUCAUUUCCAUAUUGGCACCCAAACAAAUCGAUAAGUACAUGGAUUCUAUCAGCAACGAAUCUUUGGAGUUGGUCAACCGCCUGAUGCGUGCAACAGAGGAGGAUAAGAGUGUAGAUCCAAUGCAGCAUUUCAUGUUGCAGGCAUUGAACGUGAUUUACAAGGUCUCAUUUGGGGAUAGGUUCGAGACAAUUGAAGAUCCCAAAUUCCAUGAGUUGAGCAGCUUGAUAGAAGAGACUAUGAUGCUCGGCGGAUUCGAGAAUGAUUUGGCCAGCUUUUUACCCAUUCUUUCCAUUGUCGAUUACUUUGCCGGAUCACAAGUGAAGAUGAAGCACUUUAUAAAAACAAAGCGAGAUCCCGUAUUCAAAAGAUUAUUGAAAGAGGCCAUGUCAAGAGAUGGCCCUAACGUGGUCAAAUCACUGGAGGAGCAAAAAUAUGAAUUCACAGAGGAGGAUAAAAUAGUACUGAUGUGUGAUAUCAUUGCGGGGGGCACAGAUACUACAGCAACAAGUCUGUCAUGGAAUUUUGCAAUUCUAUCUCAUCAUCUAGAUGUACAGCAGAGAGCAGCAGAGGAGAUUGAUAACUUCAUCCGAGCACAUGGCCGAGUACCUGGAUUUCAGGAUCGUCUAGAGGUGCCGUAUUGCAUUGCCGUUAUCAAGGAGAGUAUGCGAUAUAGACCCAUCAGUCCAUUUGGGAUACCUCAUAGCGUACAGCGAGACGUCUUGAUCGACAACUUUAUCAUUCCUAAAGGUGCCGUGUUGAUAUCGAGUAUGGAUAGCAUGCACAAAAAUGCUGACAACUAUUCUUGCCCCGAAAUAUACUCUCCUGAGCGAUUUAUGAGCAAUCUCAAGACGAUGCAUGCUGCUGCGAAUGGUAAACUGGAGGAGCGUGAUCAUUAUGCGUUUGGAUGGGGAAGGAGAAUUUGUCCAGGCGCUUACCUUGCAGAAGCGCAAAUCUUCAAUGCCAUGAUCCAGGUGCUUGCAAGGUGUUUUAUCGAAGCAGAUGAUAAGCUUGGUCUACCCAAUAUACAUGAAUCUCGUAGUGGAGGAGUGACAUCUAUGCCGCUGCCACAUAGAUUGAAGUUUGUUAAACGAACAAGCUGCAUUCCAGUAUAG